AUGAGCCAAGCCACCUCAACCGUCAACAUUUACGAAGUCCUCAGUUUAGGGCCCGACGGCAAGCCCUUGUGUCCGCUACUAGAAUCGGCAGAUAUAGUCACUCAUAUCCGUCAUAUCGCCGCCAAGUCGAACUCAUCCGAUGUAAACGCGCUCCACGGCGAGCUUUUGGACCACGGAAAACUGCGCCGCCAACGAUGGAAGAAAUUACUUGAAGAGACAAAUGACAAAUACGCCGGCAGGCCAUGCUGCCUGGUUACGCAACAACAAGACGUUCCUUCCUCGAGCACUUCCGAUUUUGACAAAAGCGCCCCAGUAUCACCGCGCGACGCACCUCACGACACAGAAACGCCACCUCUAUCAACCGCUCCAUCGACAGAUUUGACAGAGCUCGAUGAUCUACAUUCUUUCGGGGGCCUGAAGGUUGAAACAGCAAAGGUUUUGGCAGACAAGCUGGCUUCCAUUUGUGAUCAAAGCAGUAACGAAUAUGUUGCCCCCAAUCUGCUUUUGCAGAUCGCACCUGCUUUCGUUGCAGCCCUGAAAGAGCUCGCGACAACCAGCCUUUCCAUGCAACUUCACGAUACUAUUCAGCCAAUCCAUUCCCCACACGAUCCGACCAUCGACACGGAGACCCCGAACAGCUUGUCUGAUAUCGUCGAACGAGACACAGCAUCAUCAGAGCCCGCAGAAAUAUCUCAACAAGCGCAAGUCAACCUCUCGAUGGCAAACAUAAGCGGACGUCUGCCUGCUAUGAACACUAGAAUUGACACCGAGCUUUUAAAAUGGUGGAACAAGCCCUGUCUGUUGGUGAACACGCUGCCUCGCGGGGAAAACAUUGCCCACCGCCUUUAUCUCGCGGUUUCAACCCCUCGCCACCGGGGUGAAUAUGAUCCCAUUUCUCGCGCGAAAGAACGACUAUAUGCGAUUCACUUCUCUCGCUUACAGCAACGAUUCAUGAAAUCAUAUUGUAGUCAGGGCAGGGGGGACCCGCUUCUUAAAUUUCUACGCAGUCUUCGGAUCGGAGUCAAGCCCCAAACUUGGCAGUAUGCUACGCGUCAAGGGAAGCGGUAUGACAUACUAAGCAAAUCACAUUCAGGGUUUCUCUUCCUCAACUUCAAAAUCAGUGAAAGAAGUAUACGAGAUCGAAUGUCCCUUGAAGUUGUCUCAAAGGCAAUAGAACCUUCUUUCCAGGGGCCCCUUAUCGAAUGGUAUGACCAGCUUGGUAAGAAAGUACAUAUUGCGAUGGAAGGUGAAUGGGGUCCAUGGAUUACGAGUCUGAUGGCAAAGCCUAAUGAUGUGGAUAAAACCAAGAACUCACGCCGACAAAGGAUCAGUGAGGUAAUACAAUCACAGCGAGACACAUCGGCUUCGUCAAGUGCUCCGACAAGUUAG